AUGAAGCUGUUUAUCUUGAUCUCCCUUGCUAGUUCGCUGCAUGGAGCAGUAGCGGCACCUUCAGCGGACAAACAUUCUCAAAAGAAGUUUGACUUUGCCAAGAUCAACAAAAUCGUAUCUUUCGGUGAUUCAUGGACGGAUACUCGAUUCAAUACCUCUGGAGUUCAACCUUCCAUCUCCAGCCCAUUCGGAAAUACCGGCAAGACGAGCUCAAAUGGCAAAAUGUGGCCAAUGUACUUGACCACGCAGUAUAAUCAGUCGUCCGUGUUACUAUAUAAUAUGGCAGUCGGUGGUGCUGUCACUGAUGUCAACAUUGUCAAGACCGGACCCAACGACGUGGUUACCCAAGUCAGCAGAUUCGACGCCUAUUUGCAACAACUAGGCCCAAACUUCUUUCAGCCAAAGCAUACACUUUAUACAGUAUUUAUCGGUAUUAACGACAUAUACCGCACCAUUAAUGACGCUGACCAGAAUGAGACGGUCACCAAGAUCAUGGAGCGUCUAGAUCAGCUUACAACUGACCUACACACCCACGGCGCUCGCCAGUUCCUCUUCAUCUCAACGCCGCCGCAGUCCCUUUUCCCAAACAACGUUCCAAAGCCAAUUGCUCCGACACUCAAGGCAACAUCUGAAAAUUGGAACAAAAAGCUUCACGAACUCUUAAAACAGCUCGGCCGCAAGUUGUCUCACAGCACCUUUUUCUUGUUUGACAUUGUACCGUUGAUCACUGCCGUUACCGAAGAUCCAAGUCAGUUUCCCGAGACCGCGGUGUACAAGAGUACGGGAUUCUGUGCAGACUACAAGAGCGGUACUAUUACGCCAGACUUCAAGUCUGAUAAUUGUGAAUACAACGCGUCGGAGUACAUGUAUAUCGACGGCGCUCAUCCAACACAAGCGUUUCACGAAAUCUUGGCUAAGAAGAUUGCGGCACAAUUGGCUGCUGUCCGAACCAUUACCCAGCAUUGA